AUGAGAGCGAUUAUCCAAAGAGUCUCGAAAGCUUCCGUUGUUGUUGACGGAAAAGCCGUAAGCGAAAUUGAAAAAGGUGUUUGCGUUUUAUUGGGGAUUAGUCGAGAAGAUUCAACAGAGGAUUUCGAAUACGUAGCCAAAAAAAUUCUGAACGCGAGGCUGUUCGAAUCCGCGGAUACCGGCAAGCGGUGGGACGUGAGUGUGAAAGAUGGCGGAUACGAGAUCCUAUCUGAAUUUGUUGAAUCUACUUGUAAUUACUACUAUUUUUUCGGCUGCAAAAUGGGGAAUAAAUCUUCUGUUAUGCUCCGCGAUGAGGAGAUAAGCGAAAUUCAAGAGGAAACUGGAUUUUCUCCAAGUCAAAUCGAAAGGCUCUACAGUCGUUUCACAAGCUUAGACAAAGGUGACACUGGUACUUUGAGCAGAGAAGACUUUCUAAGGAUUCCGGAACUCGCCAUCAACCCUGUUGGAGAAAGAAUCGUCAAUGCGUUUUUCAAAGAGAGCCACGAAGAUCAAGUCAAUUUCCGCCAGUACGUCAGAGUACUGGCAAAGUUCAGACCUUUGAGCGAGAAAAAGCCUCCCAAACUGAAUUCCAAAGAUGACAAGUUGAAAUUCGCAUUUUCGAUGUACGAUCAAGACGAAGACGGGUUUAUAUCUAAAGAUGAAUUGCUAUCCGUUUUGAACCUUCUGAUUGGUGCCAACAUCAGCCAAGAUCAGUUGGCGAGUAUUGCGGAACGAACCAUCAAUGAAGCGGAUGCUGAUGGAGAUCAACGCAUUUCUUACGAAGAGUUUGUCCAAUCACUUGAAAGAUCUGAAGUUGAGCAGAAAAUGUCUAUUCGAUUUUUGAACUGAAAACUGAAGACAUUGGAUGUUGCGUCAGAAAAUAAUUCACGAAUAUGAAACGUUGAUAGCAACGGAGCGUAGGCUUUAAUCAUUUCUAUGCGGAUGUGCCCUUCAAAAAAUUGUGAAUCGGGUGAGCUGUAUGUCGUAUUUUUGAGAGCUUUUACCUAUCCUGUCUUGACUUCAAUGCUUUAUGUUCGUCUUCUAGUAUAUCUCACAUGUUCUUUCCUGUGGAUGUAUACUUUAUGGGGUGUCCACAAAGAUGAUGUGCGGUAAGAAAUUCGUACUAUGAUGUAAGCGAAAUUGUUUCUCCACUUUGUCCAGUAUAGCAACGAAUUCUAACAAUAUACGUAGAUAUCACAGAUAGUUACAAAUGCAUAUUAAUUUGACAAUAUGCCAGCAUUUCUCUUUUACAAAACCCUCUGGCGGGAUUUGCUGUUGGGAUGCUAUGCAUUUCGACAUGUUUAUUUCGGAAUUUGCACGAAGAAAAUUGCCGGAUUGUAUGUACUGUAUAAACAUUCUAAGGUAAUGCACGCAAACUUGAGUCGUUUUCCAUUGCACUACAACUUUUUGGACACCCUAUCUAUUUGCAUCCGAUUAUCAUUCCAUGUAUUAGCGCGAACAUAAUAUCAAAUGUUCCCGCAGAAGUAUUCGUGGAUUUCUUUCAAAUUGAGGAGAAAAUUCGAAAGGCAAUUUUUCUCUCAAAAGAAUAAUGGUUGUUGAAGUUACCGAUCCUUCCGUCAAGCGAGUAUAUUGGUCAAAUUUGACUUCCUUUUCAUGUUUUUGCGGUUGCGCCGAAGGUUGUUUUCAUGAUGAGUCGACUUAUCCUCUGGAUUAGUCAAUGAAUGAUACAAAUUCAAAAUUGGGCAAGCCACAGCAGUCAACGCGUAAAAUAUUUGGAAUACCAAACGAAGGUAAUGUGUGAGCAACCGUCCGAGAUGAAGAUAUUGACAGAAAUUUCGCUGACAGUGGUUGCUCAAAUAUCUUCAGUUUUAAGAGUCUCAUCUGGCGUAGAACUUGUUAGAUUCGCAGAAUUAAUUCAGCGGUUAUGGAAUGUGAUGAUCAAAAAGCCUUUCAUCUUGAUAGAUCAUUGAUCAGAAAUGAAAAAUGUUGUCGCAGAUUAUUUUUUGGGAUACGUGCGGCGGAUUAUCCCAGUUUUCGUGAAUUUUCUUACGUUUUGGAAAAAAAUUGUAUGUGAAAGUGGAAAUUAAAAGGGAAAAUUAAUUUUUA